AUGGGCCCUGUCGCCCUACCUGCGCCCCGGCCCCCGCCCCGUCGCCCCGCUUGCGACCCCGGCCCCGUCGCCCUACCUGCGCACCGGCCCCGUCGCCCUACCGCCGACCCGGCCCCGUCCCCCUACCUACAGCCCGGCCCCGGUACCGUCGCCCUACCUACGGCCCAGCCCCGUCGCCCUACCUUCGACCCGGCCCCGUCGCCCUACCUACGGCUCGGCCCCGGCCCCGUCACCCUACCUACGGCCCGGCCCCGGCCCCGUCGCCCUACCUUCGACCAGGCCCCGUCGCCCUACCUGCGCCACGGUCCCGGCCCCGUCGCCCUAGAUGAGCACCGGCCCCGUCGCCCUACCUUCGACCCGGCCCCGUCGCCCUACCUACGGCCCCGCCUGAACCGCCUACGCAGCCGAGCAGCCCGCGCCGCUCAGCAGCCCGAGCCGCCCAUUCCGCCCGAGCCGCCCGAGUCGCUCGAGCCACCCGAGCCGCCCGAGCCACCCGAGCCGCCCGAGCCGCCCACCCCGCCCGAGCCGCCCGAGCCGCCUGAGGAGCUAAGGAGCCGAGCCGCGGGUGCCGCCGAGCCACAGUUGCUGCCGAGCCGCCCGAGCUGCCCGAACCGCCCUGUCUGGGGUGUUCCCCCUCCCCCCUUCUGCCCUCUGUAUCCUCUGCUGCUGCGGCCGACCUCCUUGGUCUUGAGUCUGCCGGUGCGGCGUCUGCCUCUAGCGGGAGACGCAGCUCUAGCAGGGGCAAGGGGGGCAGGGGCGCUGGAGGAGCGAGCGGGGGCGGUGGAGGUGGAGGUGGAGGCGGCGGGGGGAGUUGGGGUGGCGGUGGGAGUGGAGGUGGGGGUGGAGGUGUCGGUGGCGGCAGUGGAGGCGGAGGCGGCGGUGGCGGUGGCGGUGGGAGCGGAGGUGGCGAAGGUGGUGGCGGUGGAGGAGGCGGCGGAGGCGGCGGUAGUAGCGGAGGCGGCGGAGGCGGCGGGGUUGGCGGUGCAGCUGGUCGCGGGUCUACGCAGAGGAGUGGCUCCGGUGGUGGUCCGCGCCAGCAGCAGCAGCGCGGUCGUGAGACCUUGUCCCCUCAGAAGCUCUGUGAGUGGUACACUGCACGCCAGCGGGGUGGGGGCUUUGGUUCGUGCACCUACGUCCUGCGCAACGGCGACCGUGCGGGUGAGCAGUGUGGGGGUGCGCACCCCACCCACCGCUGCUUUGGCCGCCUGA